AUGACUUACAAAAUACCCGUUCUAAAAAAGUACGUGGAUGACUUAUUCCUAGUACUACCAAAAGACAAGGUCCACGAAACUUUGCAGAGCUUCAACUUAUACGAUUCCCACUUACAGUUCACGGUCGAAGAAGAAAACGAAGGCCGACUUCCGUUCCUCGAUAUGGUCGUGAUCAGAUUCCCAGAUGGAAACAUGUCAACUGAGUGGUACAGCAAGCCGAUAGCGUCUGGUCGAAUACUCAACUAUCUAUCACUCCACAGUCUCAAAAUGAAAAUAAAUGUAGCUUACAACUUUGUACAACGUGUCAACACCCUAAGCUGCGAUUAUUCGAGUGAGAAGAUAAAAGCAUUAGCCGAUAGCACCACAGCUCUCGUCAAGCACUGCGUGACGCAUCAACACCGCUUCGAUCUAACGAAGGCAAACGUUUUAGAUCGUACAUACCAGAACUCACGCCUGAACGUUCUUGAGACAUUUCACAUCAAAUCCACCAAACACGCUGUUAAUUAUCGUACCGACGUAGAAGAUAUGUCUCCUGUAUACUCCGAGAUACUACACUCAAUGCCGACGGCUCCGAAUGGUGCCGGUUUAUAUAUUUUCUCCAACCGAGGUUACCACCGUGGCAUGCCGGAAAUUAUCGAUCCGAACAGCUAG